AUGUCUCGCUUUCUUGCACAUGGUCCAGUGAGCCAAGACCUCGGCGCAGUGUUUGACAUCCGCGUGGUCCAUGUUACCACCACUGAAAUGGAGCUGGAGUGGCAGAAUAUAGACCACAGCUCUGAGUACAUCUACUAUUUACAUAUACAGUCUGUGAAGGGCUCUCACACAACCAACAGUUCUCACAGAGCGAUCACUCUGCAGGACCUAAUCCCAGGCACCUUGUAUAACAUCACAGUCUCUCCAGAAGUGGACCAUGUCCUGGGGGUCUCCAACUCCACUGAACAGUACACACGGCCUAGCGAUGUGGUCAACAUUGAAAUAAGUACCAACAGCACAGAAGCAGCCUUAAGUUGGCAGAACCUUGAUGAAGCCUCUCCCACAUAUUCUUACCGCCUUCUCAUUAAGGAUGGAAAUUCCAGCAACGCAACCCAAGUAGUCACGGGCACUGGAAUCAAAUACACGACAGUCACUGAGUUAACACCAGGCUUGUCUUACACAGUAGAGAUCUUUGCACAAGUGGGAAAUGUUACUGAGUCACUGGAGCCUGGCCGGAAGUCAUUCUGCACAGAUCCUGCAUCGGUGGCCUCCUUCCACUGUGAAGUGGUCCCCAGAGAGCCGGCCUUGGUGCUCAAAUGGGCCUGCCCUCCUGGCACCAAUGCUGGCUUCCACCUGGGGCUCAGCAGUGGAGCCUGGAGCAACGAGACACGCCUGGAGAGCUGCUCCUCGGAGAACGGCACCGAGUACAGGGCAGAAGUCAAGCAUUUGAAGUUUUCUACCUCGUACAAUAUCAACAUCACCACCUUGUCCUGUGAAAAGAUGGCACCCCCUGCCCAAAACUCCUGCAGCACUGGCAUCACAGACCCUCCUCCACCAGAUGGAUCCCCUAAUAUUACAUCUGUCAGUCACAAUUCAGUAAAGGUCAAGUUCAGUGGGUUUGAAGCCAGCCAUGGACCCCUCAAAGCCUAUGCUGUUGUUCUCACCACAAGCGAUGCUGGUCACCCUUCUGCAGAUGUUUUGAAAUAUACAUAUGAAGAUUUCAAAAAGGGGGCCUCAGAUACUUAUGUGACAUACCUCAUAAGAACAGAAGAAAAGGGACGUUCUCGGGUCUCCUCUGAAGUUCUGAAAUAUGAAAUUGAUGUUGGGAACGAGUCCACCACACUCGCCUACUACAACGGGAAGCUGAAGCCUCUGGGCUCCUACCGGGCUUGUGUGGCCGGCUUCACCAAUAUCACCUUUAACCCUCGCCAUGCGGGCCUCAUCGAUGGGUCUGAGAGCUACGUGUCCUUCAGUCCCUAUUCAGAUGCCGUUUUCUUGCCCCAGGAUCCAGGUGUCAUCUGUGGAGCGGUUUUUGGAUGUAUCUUUGGUGCUCUGGUUAUUGUGGCUGUGGGAGGCUUCAUCUUCUGGAGAAAGAAAAGGAAAGAUGCAAAGAACAGUGAUGUGUCCUUUUCUCAAAUUAAACCUAAAAAAUCUAAGUUGAUCAGAGUAGAGAAUUUUGAGGCCUACUUUAAGAAACAGCAAGCUGACUCCAACUGUGGGUUCGCAGAAGAAUAUGAAGAUCUGAAGCUUGUUGGAAUUAGUCAACCUAAGUAUGUAGCUGAAUUGGCCGAGAAUAGAGGAAAGAAUCGCUAUAAUAAUGUCCUGCCCUAUGAUAUUUCCCGUGUCAGACUUUUAGUCCAGACCCGUUCAACCGACGACUACAUCAAUGCCAACUACAUACCUGGCUACCAUUCCAAGAAAGAUUUUAUUGCUGCACAAGGACCUUUACCCAACACUUUGAAAGAUUUUUGGCGUAUGGUUUGGGAGAAAAAUGUAUAUGCCAUUGUUAUGUUGACCAAAUGUGUUGAACAGGGAAGGACCAAGUGUGAGGAGUACUGGCCCUCCACGCAGGCUCAGGACUACGGGGACAUAACUGUGGCAAUGACAUCAGAAGUUGUUCUUCCAGAAUGGACCGUCAGAGAUUUCACAGUAAAAAAUAUCCAGACGAGUGAGAGUCACUCUCUGCGACAGUUCCAUUUCACCUCCUGGCCAGACCACGGUGUUCCUGACACCACUGACCUGCUCAUCAACUUUCGGUACUUGGUUCGUGACUACAUGAAGCAGAUUCCUCCCGAAUCACCAAUUCUGGUGCAUUGCAGUGCUGGGGUUGGAAGGACGGGCACUUUCAUUGCCAUUGACCGUCUGAUCUACCAGAUAGAGAACGAGAACACUGUGGAUGUGUACGGGAUUGUGUACGACCUUCGAAUGCACAGGUCUUUAAUGGUGCAGACAGAGGACCAGUAUGUUUUCCUCAACCAAUGUGUUUUGGAUAUUAUCAGAUCCCAGAAAGACUCAAAAGUAGAUCUCAUCUAUCAGAACACAACCGCAAUGACAAUCUAUGAAAACCUUGCACCAGUGACUGCAUUUGGAAAGACAAAUGGUUACAUCACCUAAUUCCAAAGGAAAACCUUUCUGGAGUUAACCAGACCCUCUCACCCACAGCCAAGGAAAAUGCCCCAAUGUUGACAUGUUUUUCUAUGUCUAAUAUCUUAAUUCUUUGUGCUGUUUUGUUAGAACUAAUUUUGAGGGUGUGAAGCUGCACAUGUAAAAAGAUGAGUGAGAAGUUGGGGCUGUCGGGGGCUGUGGAUGGUGGGGAGCAAAUUAGCUGCGUUCCUGAUGACCAAUGGGAUGAGUUCACUUUUUUUUUUCUUGAGUAUCGUGGAAAACCAGGAAAAGUGAGCUAUGACGUUUAUUUUCCUUUUUCAAAACAGGUUCUUUUUUUAAAAAAGACUAUUUUAUAUGAUUCACAUGCUAAAGCCAGGAUUGUGUUGGGUUGAAUAUAUUUUAAGUAUCAGAGGUCUAUUUUUACCUACUGUAUCUUGGAAUCUAGCUGAUGGAAAAUAUCUAAUUGUGGAUGAUUAUUGUGUAGGAAGGGGUAUGUGGUGCCUCUUCUGAAUGGAUUUUCUAUUUGAACAUGUGCCUUUUCUGAAUUAUGCUUCCACAGGCAAAACUCAGUAGAUAUCUCUAUUUUUGUAUUGAAUCUCAUAAUUGGAAUAUAUGGAAUAUUUAAACAGUAGUUUAGCAUCAGAGGUUAUUAGCCUUUGCAGCAACAUUCCUGUUUUCAUUAGAUUAGAGGAGGACUCUUUACCCCCACCCCCCACUCCCCAUAUAUUUGUGCUCCAUUUUUUCUUCCUUUUUCCCUCCCAGUUUUCUUCAAAGACUCUUCUGUUGGCAACAUUUUCAGCCCAUGGGGUUGGGUGAGAAUGGAAACUAAAUAUUACCUUGAGAAUUUCUGUGGGCAAGGGGUAGGAGAAGCAGAGGAAACCUCUGGUGACAUAAAUGUUUUUCUUGUCCCUGUUUUAUCCUUUUUCUUGUUUCUGUAUUUGGUAAGAAGGAUUAUUUAAAGGUGCAAUAUGUGACUUAGUGAUUCAUGAUACUCUAGGUUUUUAGCAACGUUUUACUCAGGUUGGCAUUUUGUGUGUGUCUGUGUGUGCGUGCGUGUGUGUUUUUAAAAGCGUGGCAAUCUGUGAACACUUCAGUGUGAACUCUGUGUCCGAUUAAUCCCUCCUCCCCCAAAGUCCACUGGCUUUAGUCUCUGCAGUGACACAUAUCGGAAUCUACUGUAUAUAUAUAUAUGUACUAAACUCUUAAAAACAGUCAUUCCUAUGAACUGAGGUGUAUAAAGUUUGAAUUUGUAUCAAAGAUGUAAUUAUUAUUUUUAAAACCUCUUUCACUAUACUGCUGCUGUAAUUUGAUUUUUUUAAUGUAGAUUAAUUGUUUUUUUUUUUUUUGCUUCAGGUGUGUAUGCACCCAGAAUUUCAGAAGUUAUGUGGAUUUAUUUUUAUUGGUACAUAAUCUGUAAACUUCUCAAGGCAUUAACAUGAAAGGAUUUGUUUCUUUUUAUUUUA